AUGGAGAUACCGGCGAGCCUACUCAUGUCGACGGGAACCUACGCAUAUGUGGCUGUGAAGGCCUCCUUGCAUGCCGCAGAUAGUGCCGUUUUUGGCCUCAACGAGGACGAAAUCGUUGCACUAGUGAAACGAUUCGAGAGUUAUAAAAAGGAAGUGAUUAAUGGGAUUUUGCUGAAAGCGACGCCGGUGCAAGUGAUCAAUGCCUUGGGGCAGCUGGGGUACAGGGUGGUCGGGACCACGGGCGAAGCCGAAAUUGUCUGGACUUUGCAACAAACUUGUUACUUUGAGAGACAACAUAACACCAUGUGCGAAUGCGGGGGGCAUUCAGGACCAAAUUCUGUAUCUCAGUCACUAGAUGAGCUAGAAUUCGAGCGUGGACUAUGGUCGGCAGCGCAAUACGGCGACCUCGAUAGGACCUUGCAUCUGUUAAAUAAAGGUUUUCGAGUGGAUCAGAGGGAUGCUGCGGGUUACACAGCUCUACAUUAUGCCGCCAGGAACGGUCAUUUGGAUGUUUGCAGACUCCUUAUAGACCGGGGGGGCUGCGUUGAUGCAGUCACGUGUCAGGGCAAAGCGACGCCAUUACAUCGAGCAGCAACAGUUGGAAAGUUUGAAAUUGUGAAGUUUCUGUUGGAAAAGAAAGCCAACUGUCGCUUGAAGGAUGCCGAUGGAAAAACAGCUUUACACAGAGCUGCCGCCAGUAAACAUCUACAAAUUUGUGAAUAUUUACUUCAAAUCGAGCCAAGUUUACGAAACGAAGUGGAUAUUCAUGGUAAAAGACCGGCUGACUACGUCCAAACUACCGAAUUCGUCUCUUUAUUAAAUUAAGCAAAAUGUAUUUUUAUUAUUCGCCAAAUUAUUAAAUUCGUGUAUUCACAUUUUGUACCAAAAUUAACAUUGUAGGGUCAUAUAUAUUUAGUGAGAUUAAUAAAGGCUGCACUCACACACACCAACAACAUUUUAUGUAAUUUUGCAAUAAUCGUAAGCAUAUCCUACCAACACAUCGGUGUUGACUUUUCUGUGUAAAAUAACACCCAAUAAAUAGCUGUGAAACAUC